AUGGUGCGGACUUACAAAAGAACGUCGGAACGACAGAAGUGGUCAAAAACGGCCCUGGAAGCGGCUAUAAAUGAUGUCCAACGGAACGGAACAUCCAUCAGGCGAGUCGCCAGAAACUAUGGAAUACCUAGGCCAACACUGAUUCGCUACCUGAAAAAUCGCGAUGCAGGAGUAGUGCUGGGAUCUGGAGUGAAACAAAUCGGCUCGCACAAAACAGUGUUUUCGAUCGCGGAAGAAUCUGAAUUGAUGUCCCAUAUCUUGAACUUCGAAGUUCGAUGCUACGGUAUCACUACACGUGAGAUCCGGAGCCUUGCAUAUCAAUUGGCGGAACGCAACGGGAAAGCUCAUAAUUUCAGUUCCAAAACGCAGCUGGCUGGUUGGGAUUGGCUCCAUGGCUUUCGCAAGCGUCAUCCCCAGCUCUCACUUCGUACUCCAGAGGCAACUUCUGCUGCGCGGUUGCAAGGGUUUAAUAAGGUAGCGGUUAACAACUUUUUCGAUGUUUUGGCUCCCGUAAUGGAAGGAGAAAAAUUUGCUGCUAGCAGGAUUUUCAACGUCGACGAAACCUCUGUGCUCACUGUUCAAACAAAACACUCGAAAGUGUUUGCUCUAAAGGGUCGACGUCAGAUACUACCACCAAUGAUGAUAUUUCCCAGGGCUCGAUUGACCGACAACUUGAAGAAAGGUGCUCCACCAGACACGAAAUUUGUCUGCAACUCGUCUGGUUGGAUGACGAUUAAGGAGUUCAACAUCUGGUUCGAGCAUUUUCUACAGCACACUCGUCCAACGAUCGAUAAUCCGGUCCUAUUGAUUCUGGACGGACACAGCUCACACACCAAGAAUCUUACGUUCGUCGAAAGAGCCCGAGAAUCGUUCGUCACAGUUGUGUGCUUGCCUCCCCAUUGCAGUCACAAAUUGCAACCUCUGGAUAUCAGUUUCAUGGGGCCGCUUAAGACCUCUUUCUCACAGGCGGUUGAGGAUUACCUUAAAUCCCAUCCUGGUAGAGUUGUGACAGCCAACUUUUUGGAUCGGCAUUUAUGA